AUGGCCCAGGGUACAGUGAUCCAUGUGGCCCCAGAGCAGCCCACCUAUGCCGUGUGUGUGCUGGGCACCGAGACUCAGCUGGAUGUCUAUGGCUCUGCCCCCAAGGACUGCACAUCCUUUAGCAUCAAUGCUUCCCCAGGAGUGGUCCUAGAUGUUGGCCACCGCCCUCCAGCCAAGAAGAAUCUCACAGGUUCCUCCAAGUGGCCCCUGGACCCUGGGCUGGAGGUGAGCCUGAAGAUGAGAGCUGCCAGCGAUAGCACAGGUGACCAGAAGGUUCAGAUUUCAUACUAUGGACCCGAGACCACUCCAGCUGAAGCCCUGCUCUACAUCACCGGGGUCGAAAUCUCCUUGAGCGCAGACAUCACUCGCACUGGCAAAAUGAAAAAAACUCGCACUUCCACCAGAGGCAGGAAGGACCAGAGGACCUGGACCUGGGGCCCUCAUGGGCAGGGCGCCAUCCUGCUAGUGAACUGUGACAAAGACAAUCCCAAAUCUUCCACUGUGGACUGCAAGGAUGACCAGCUUGACAGCAAAGACCUGAAGGACAUGUCCUUGGUGACCCUGAGCACGAAGACCCCCAGGGACUUCUUCAGCAAGCACCAGCUGGUGCUCCAUGUGGCCAAAUCUGAGAUGGACAAAGUCAGGGUGUUUCGAGCCAAUGCAGACAAACAGCCCUCCACGUACGGCAUGAUCCUGGGGCCACAGCAUCCCUCUCACCCGCUGGAGCUCCAGGGUGGCCAGCACAGCACAGACUUCUAUGUGGAGGGCCUGGCUUUCCCAGACGCCAGCUUCCCAGGGCUCAUUUCCCUCAAUGUCUCCCUGCUGGACACGUCCAACCCGGAGCUCCCCAAGGCCCUGGUUUUCCAAGACAGUGUGGUCUUCCAUGUGGCCCCCUGGAUCAUGACCCCCAACACUCAGCCCCCGAAGGAGGUGUAUGUGUGCAGGUUAUUUGAAAAUGAGGAUUUCCUGAAGUCAGUGGCUGCUCUGGCCAAGAAAGCCAGGUGCAAGCUGAUGGUCUGUGCCAAGGAGGAGAACAUGAAUGACCAGUGGAUACAGGAUGAGAUGGAGAUCGGCUACAUCCAAGCCCCGCACAAAACGCUGCCCGUGGUCUUUGACUCCCCAAGGAACAGAGGCCUGAAGGAUUUCCCCAUCAAACGCGUGCUGGGUCCAGAUUUUGGCUACGUGACUCGAGUGCCCCAAACAGGGAGAGUUACUAACCUCGACUCCUUUGGGAACCUGGAAGUGAGCCCCCCGGUGACAGUCGGGGAGAAGGAAUACCCGCUGGGCAGGAUUCUCAUUGGGGACAGCGGUUACCCCAGCAAGGAAAGCCAGGAGAUGCACCAGGACCUGCAGGAUUUCCUCAGUGCCCAGCAGGUGCAGGCCCCUGUGAAACUCUACUCCGACUGGCUGUCUGUGGGCCACGUGGAUGAGUUCCUGAGCUUCGUUCCAGUGCACAAGAAGGGCUUCCGGCUGCUCCUGGCCAGCCCCAGGUCCUGCUACAAACUGUUCCAGGAGCUAAUGAAGGAAGGCCAUGGGGAGGCUCUGCUGUUCCAAGGGAUCAAGUACAAAACCCAGCAGAAAAUAAAGGACGUUCUGUCAAAUGAGAAACUGAGACAACAUAAUUCAUAUGUGGAGAAAUGCAUCAGCUGGAACCGGGAGGUGCUGAAGCGGGAGCUGGGCCUGACGGAGCGGGACAUCGUGGACAUCCCCCAGCUCUUCAAGCUCCAGAAAGCCUUCAAAGGGACCCUCAAGGCCGAAGCCUUUUUCCCAAACAUGGUGAACAUGCUGGUGCUGGGGAAGCACCUGGGCAUCCCCAAGCCCUUCGGGCCCAUCAUCAACGGCCGCUGUUGCCUGGAGGAGAAGGUGCGGUUCCUGCUGGAGCCGCUGGGCCUCCACUGCACCUUCAUCGAUGACUUCUACGCCUACCACGUUCAGCAGGGGGACGUGCACUGCGGCACCAACGUGCGCCGGCAGCCCUUCUCCUUCAAGUGGUGGUGCAUGGUGCCCUGA